AUGACUAAUAUACCGUUACCAAAAGCCGAGGCUGAAAGACCAUCCUAUAAUUUGGAAGCGCUUGUGGAGCAAUACGGCAGUUCACCGGAUUUAUUGCAACUCAUAUUAUCAAGCAAAGUAGAAGAAGAUAAGCGUCGCGCAGAAGAAGCCAAACUACGUAGCAAAGAAAUCGAUUAUAUGUUAAAGUGGCGACCGUCAAGCCCACAUCCCGGCUUUGCGUCG